AUGCCGGCCGCCGAAGCAACCCCCGUCGCAUCCUCCGAGUCCGGUUUCGUCAAGAUGGAAGACCGGAAGAGAGCUGCCACGUCUGAUCACAAUGAUUCGGCACCACCAUUGAAGAAGCAAGCGACUUCUGUCAAUGGUGGUAGCAAGCCUCACCCAGAUGCUGAUAUGCCAUGGAAAGAUGACUUGGAGCGAUUCCAGAAGGAUGCGAUAUGGCGCCAAAUGCAGGAGUACAAGCGUGAGAAGGUCUCUCUGGAGGCUAAAUUAAAGGACAUGUCGAAAGCCGCUACUCGCCAUAACGAACACCUACGCGUCAUCGAUACAUGGUAUAAUCAGUUCCAAAAGUUGAUUGAUGAGGUCAAACUGCUCCUGGGCGCUGCGGAGGAUAUCAAGGGAGAUCGGCCCAUAUUUCAAAGUUCUUUAUCAUUCGAUGAUGUCGACAAUUUUGAGAAACAUCUGAAAUCACGGUCUAAUGAUAUACGUGACAUUAUCUCUCGCCUUGUUAAGAAUACGCCAAAAUCUCCACCCGAAGUAUCUGAGUUACAGAGCCAGCUCGCCAAGAAACUAGCAGAAGAGAAAGCUACUAUCGCUGAACUCGACAAAGCUUUAUCUGAAAAGCAGCAAUUAGAAGAGAGCCUAGAAGAAGCCUCCUUACGGUACAUGGUAGCCGAGAAGAAGUUGGACCGUGCACGGAGUUUGACAGUCGCCAAACUGGAGAAACAAUACAUCCUAGGCCCCCAGCGACCUGGGGGUGACAGUGCGUCCAGUCAACGAGAGGAACAAUCGGUUUCGAAUGGUGCGACACCUAGUGCCGAACGUGGCCCCGAACCAGAUGAGGCACACAAUAAGCUAGUAGCCAUCUCGGAGAAGCAGAAAGAACAGCUACAGAAGCUGGAGGCCGAGAAUGCCAGCUUACUGAGCCAAAUCACAGAUUUGAAUAUCAAGCGUUCAAAACUUACCGAUGAUGACUAUGCGCAUACGGACCUAUUUAAGCACAUGCGAUCUCAAUAUGAUGAUGUCGUGAAACGGAUAAAUCAUUUGGAGGCAACUAAUGUGCAACUGCGCGAAGAAUCUGUGAAGCUACGAUCGGAACGCACUGCAUACCGCAAUCAGGUUGACGAAGAAACGCAAAAUGUUAUUGCUGAGAAGGAAGCGCAGUUGAUGCGAGCCGAGACGGAUUUGGCGCGGAUACGGAAUGCACGUGAUGAACUGUUGGCCGAUCAGCAGAUGCGGAAGGCUGCCCAGGAACAAGAAAAAACAGCUAUUCUGAAGGUUCAGGAACUCGCGGAGGCCGGAAAUGCUCGGAUUGCUUCUCUGGAGUCGGAGGUUGAGCGACUUCGUUUGCAGGUGGAAAACGCAAAAGCCACACAAGCAGAUUCCAGUGAUGUUCCACUCGAGGAGUUGCGCGCCAAGUACCAGGCACUCGAACGCCAAUAUGCCAUGCUAAACACCGAAUUAGCCUCCAUGCAAACUGCCUGCAAGAAAUACUCUACGCUAGCUUCGCAGAAAGUUACAGAUUUUAGUGCGUUGGAAGAAAAGGUGGCGCGCUUGACUGCCGAGAAAUCCAAGGCCGACCAAAAGUACUUCGCCGCAAUGAAGAGCAAGGAGGCCCGUGACUUGGAAGUGCGCACCCUGAGAAUGCAAAACUCGAAGAGCUCAGAUAUUGUUUCGCAGUUGAAGGAAUCCGAAGCCGUUACACGUUCAUUGUUGGCGAACAUGGAGAAGCAAGUUAGUGAGACCAAGGAAGCACUAAACUCUAUGAUGAACAAGCAUCACGCUACACAGCAACAGUUGGCAGAGAAUGGCAUCGUCAUAGAAGGCCUAAAAGGACAGAUUAAUGAAUUGAAGACAUUGUCAACGUCCAAGGAUGCAACUCUGGCAAGCACUUCCAGUGCCUGUCGGCAAGCCGAGACGGAGAUCGAAGGACUGAAGGCAACACUUGCGGAUACCAAGAAAAGCCUGGAUAAUUGGAAGAACAAGAGCCUAGGGAAUUCAUCAUCGGAAUAUGAGAUGCUGAGGGUAAAAUUACCUACCUUUUCCGCUUGCCUACAGGAUAUCACAGCUAACUCGAACAUAGACACUAGCACUUUGUACCGUUUGUCGCAGGAACUUCAAGAAUACCGCAAUCAAAACCUGCGGCCACGUUUUUUGCAAAGACUGCGUCGAAGAGCGCCUUACUUCUCGUUCGCGAAAGUGCCCGAAUUGCAACCGAUCAUUCGGAAAUAA